AUGGGCGGGCUCUGUAGCAAGGAAAGCGAUAACUUCGCUGGCGUCGGUCGCCCCGUCGGCGCCGCGGCACCGCAAGCGGGAACCUCUUCCGUUCCCAGCACCGUCAAGGUUGGCGGCCCGCCCCGAACUCUGGGCGGUCCGGCUGCCGCAAACGAAAGCUCUACCCCUGACGAGGCGCGGAGGAAGGCGGCUGCGGCCGCAGAGGCCCGCGCGCAAGCAGCGAAACCCACAGGCAAACUAGGCUCCCAGCUUGAAGCGCAGAAGAAGCUGUCGAGGUCGGAAACGCUGGCGGUCGCCAGCUCACAGGAGCAACGGUCUCGAGAGGUUGAUGGCUCGGCAGCUACGCUGCGCCACGAUUAA